AUGCAAGGGGUGCAGGAAGCUUUCGCCUACAUCGUGCUUACAACGUGGGAUCACGACCGGGUCCGGGGACAUUACGGUCUAGAUCUUAAUGCUCAGGAGAUAGGUAUUGCUCCAGAACUGAACACCGGCGAGACCGGCUGCCCCGUCGUGCAGGUCCCGGGAAUGCAUGGCGGCGCGGCCCCUCCCAAUGGUGUCCAGCUGGUUGCAGACAUUUGCAGCAGCAAGACCUACACAUCGUCAGUGCAGGUACGCUGCGGCCGAUGCUGCCGGGGAUACUGGACCUCUGCUUCCGACUACGGUAGUCGGUCUAGGCCCUUUUGCUGUCGAUGUAGUGCCCCUCCCGUCGAAGCCUUGCCGGAUUCUGUCACUGCCUGGCGAAGGGUCACGGGUUUAUGGCUCCUGAAGCACGACGGCCGUACUAACAAGCCACAGGCAAUUCCCGUCGCCUAG